GAUAAUCAAUGGUUAAAAUAUCCUAUUAAAAGAAAAGUCUCUCUCCCCCCACCCCCCCAAAAAAAAAUGCAAACCCAAACCCAACCCAUCAAAACCAUUCCUAUAUAUACCCCACCUCUUCUACGCUAAAACCCACAUAUUAAGAGACACCAAUUAAGCCAAAAUAAAGCGGGAGAGAGAAAAAAUGAGGUUUUGGGGUGUGGCGUUGUUCUGUUUCUUGUCUAUCAUAGAAGCCUUGUCCCAAGGCGAUGUCGGUUCGAUCAUCAGUAGAACCCAAUUUGAUCAGAUGUUGAAGCAUCGGAAUGAUGCGGCUUGCCUUGCGAAAGGGUUCUACACUUAUGAUGCUUUCGUAUCUGCAGCCAAGUCAUUUGGAGCUUUUGGAACAACUGGUGCUACAGACAUUCGUAAGAGAGAAAUUGCUGCCUUUUUGGCACAAACAUCCCAUGAAACCACAGGCUCUCCUGUAUGUUCGAAAAAUGACAUGCAAGGCCACAAUGCACCAGGGGAGGAGAUAAUUAGUGAUACAUAUAAAGGAGUUAAACCUUAA